AGCAGGCUGAGAGCAGCCAAAUGGGCAGCAUUCGGAUGCCCCAGCUGGAAGCAAUGGACUGGCUAGGUCAGUUCGGAUUCCGAGAAGAGUUGCCAGCAGAGAGUGAGGAGGAGAAGGAAGCUUUCUUCAAACUGUUGUCGGAAGUGAAAGAUGAGGCGGAGAAACGAUUGUUGGUGGAGGAGAGGAGAGCAGGCUUGCAUAACCGCAUGCUGCUAGAGAAGAGAAGAGAGUUUGAUGAAAAGAAGAAGAUGAAAGAGGAAGGAGAAAGAUUGUGGAAGUUGCUGCAGGAGCAGAAAGGGAAGCAGUGCAAGUUGACCUUGCCACACAAGGAAGUGCUUGUGGCUGCCUCCUAUCUUGAGGGGAGCGCAACACGAUGGUUAAGCGGGCUAGUGCAACUGCAUGGAUAUGGACACGACUUCCGCACUUGGGCAGUCAACUUGAAACUGGAGGACUUUCUCAAGAUGGUGGAAGAUAGGUGGCAUGAUCUUCAAGAGGCCCAAAAGGCCACUGAUGUGAUCCUGCCUUUGAGCAACAGACCGUUCAAGUCAGUAAGGGAUGCCACAGACGCUGUAGAGCGUCUGAUUUGUGUUCCUGGAGUGCGCUAUGACCCCCAAGUCUUACUGGCCACUUACCUGAGGUGUCUUCCCAUGCCAUUCAGGAAUCAGUUGCUAGGAGAGGCUAACAUCAAUAUGCACAACUUUCCUUCGUUUAGCAAGAAGGCCCUAGACCUAGAUGCAAAGAUAGGGCACGGGCACCAACCCACUACGAAUGGAAGGAAGAAAACACUGCCUUCCAACUGGAAGGCGAAGGGCCGCAUUAUGUUCGUUGACAACAAUGGUUCUACCAUCGAGUUGGACGACGACUUCCAUGAGGGAGUAGGUGCAGAGGCGGGCAGCAAGAAGCUUCAGGGGGUGGACCAGUCGCUGCCUCAGUUCAAAAAGGCAAGGCGACCGGUAAACGUCGUGGAGGCUCCCGGUCUAGGAGUCAAGUUGACCCCAAUGCUCCUCCAUGGGAGAAAGCGGGUCUCACUGAGGACGUGUGGAGAGACCGUAGGCGAGCCAGUGAAAAUGCCGCCGGAGAUAGAGGGAGUAGUCACUAAAUACCCUGAUCUAUUCGAAGAACCGAUAGGGGUUGUUGAGAGGGAGGUUGUCCACGCGAUAGAGAUUAUCCCAGGGUCUAGUAUUCCAAAGGGUAGGAUCUAUCGGAUGUCUCCAACGAAGCUUGACGAGCUUCGCCAACAACUCAAGGAACUCAUAGAAAAGGGUUGGAUCCGGCUGAGCGUUUCCCCUUACCGGUCUCCUGUCUUAUUUGUACCAAAGAAGGGGGGAACCUUGAGGAUGUGCAUUGACUAUAGGGCCCUCAAUGCCAUCACUGUCAAGAAUAGAGAGCCCCUGCCGCACAUCGAUGACUUACUGGACCGAGUGCAAGGGUGCAGGUACUUCAUUAAGAUAGAUUUGAAGUUCGAGUACCAUCAGAUUGCUAUACGGCCCGAGGAUCAACACAAAACCGCUUUUCAGACCAGGUACGGUCUGUACGAGUUUGUGGUGAUGCCUUUCAGCCUUAGCAAUACACCUGGCACCUUUCAGCACGCCAUGAAACGAAUCUUUCAUGACUACUUAGACAAGUUUGUCAUCGUGUACCUUGAUGACAUACUUAGCUUUAGUAGGACUGUCGAGGAACACGUUGGUCACUUAGACAAAGUCCUUAGUCUCCUACGACAGCACCGGUUCAAGAUCAAUGGGAAGAAACGUGAGUUUGGUCGCACCCCGAUCUUGUACCUGGGUCAUGAGAUUUCCACAGAGGAAUUGAAGCCCGAUGACGCGAAGGUGGCCAGCAUUCGUGACUGGCCGCGUCCUCAGUCUGUGACUGAGAUGAGGUCCUUCCUAGGGAUGACCGACUACUACCGCAAUUUUGUUAAGAACUAUAGCACAGUGGCCGCCCCUUUGACGGACUUGACCCGCCUUGACACCCCAUGGGAGUGGACAGACAGCAAGUAUGCUAGGUUAGUCGCAAUGCCUGCAACAGCCAAGACGGAGUACGUGAUUAAGCUGUUCAAAGAGAACUGGGUUAGGGAUUUCGGGUUGCCAAAGUCCAUCAUUAGUGACCGGGAUGUGCGAUUCACCAGUGAACUGUGGAAGGCCGCAGCUGCAGAACAAGGGACACAACUGCAGAUGACCUCCGACAACCAUCCAAAGGCAAACGGACAAGCAGAGCAGCUGAACCGCGCUGUGGACUGGGAUGAGAAACUUGCUCUCAUCGCCAGUCUGUACAACAACGCUGUGCACAGUGCGACAAGGGUGAGCCCCAACAGCCUGCUACUGACUUUCAAACCUAGACUGCCCUCGGAUUUUCUACUACCUGAGAAUCAGCCUUCUGCUGCACCAGGCACUUUAGAGUUUGCAUAUCGAUACGAGCGCUUGAUGCAGCAAGGUGUAGCUCAGAUACACAAAGCGCAGGCGGCGAUGAUAGAGUCAGAGAACAAGCAUCGCCACCCAUCCACAUUCCAAGUAGGGGACAAAGUUUGGGUCAAGUCCUCAGAGUUGGGACAAAAGCACGGGAUAUCCCGCAAACUCAUGCCACAAUACUUUGGACCCUGGGAGGUUUUAGAUAUCGUCGGGGAUGAUUCUGAUGGGCCAUCGUAUGUAGUUCAGAUUCCUUGUCAUCUUCACACUUACCCUGUCUUCCACGCCUCUAAGCUUGCACCUUUCAAUGAAACUGGUCAGUUUUCCUCACGACGCUCAAUGCUGCCCCCAACCAUGGAUGGAGAGGUCGACAUCGACAACAUCGUGGACCAUAUGGAAACGCCAGUUCCAAGACCAACGGGCAGAGGACGUCCUCCUAAACCGAAGUUGCAAUAUCGCGUUUGGUUCAAACAUCACAUUGAUCCUAAGGAGGACAAAUGGUUUACUCGGGAGGAACUAAUGCAGACCGCUCCACAGGCUGUUGCUCACUACGAGAAGUUACUGCAGAAAGGAAAGCGCCAGAUUAAGUAAUAAAACUUCUCGGACUGUCGAAGUAUGGAGGAGGGAAUGACCCUGCAAGCAUCACAGUCG